UGAAUACUGGUCGAGUUCGAUGCAGGCCGGCUGCUACGUUGCUACCCGUGCUUGGAUCCCUCUCCAGACGAGUUCCGACAAGGGAAGCAGGCGUAGCCUGGUGGUGAGAUCGGCCGGGUCGAGGAUGGAGCUCUCAUUGACGCGGCCCGACGACUGGCACCUCCAUCUGCGCGAGGGCGACCUUCUCCGCGCCGUCGUCUCCCACAGCGCAAGGCAUUUUGGAAGGGCGAUCGUGAUGCCCAACUUGAAGCCCCCCAUCACCACCACCGCUGCAGCGGUGGCGUACCGCCAAUCCAUCUUAAAGGCUCUGCCACCCGACAGUCGAUUCGAUCCCCUCAUGACCCUGUACCUCACAGACAACACCAGCCCCGAAGAGAUCAAGCUUGCCAGAAAAAGUGGAGUGGUAUUUGCUGUAAAAUUAUAUCCUGCUGGAGCAACUACCAAUUCUCAAGAUGGAGUCACUGAUAUUUUUGGGAAGUGUUUGCCUGUCCUAGAAGAAAUGGCAAAACAUAAUAUGCCACUGUUGGUGCAUGGGGAAGUGACAGAUCCGAAUAUUGAUAUAUUUGACAGAGAAAGGGUCUUCAUUGAGACUAUUUUAUCACCACUACUAAUAAAGCUUCCUCAUCUGAAAGUUGUAAUGGAACAUAUUACCACGAUGGACGCAGUUAAAUUUAUUGAAUCAUGCAAUGAAGGUUCUGUUGCUGCCACUGUCACGCCACAGCACCUUCUUCUGAACAGAAAUUCCUUAUUUCAAGGUGGACUACAGCCUCACAAUUACUGCCUUCCAGUACUAAAACGAGAGAUUCAUAGACAAGCUAUCGUAUCAGCUGUAACAAGAGGUAGCAAUCGUUAUUUUCUUGGUACCGAUAGUGCUCCACAUGAGAGACAAAAGAAAGAAUGUCCUUGUGGAUGUGCGGGAAUAUACAAUGCUCCUGUUGCGUUAUCCCUUUACGCUAAAGUAUUUGAGCAGGCUGGUUCACUUGACAAACUGGAGGCCUUUACAAGCUUCAAUGGCCCUGAUUUCUAUGGACUUCCAAGAAACACUUCAAAGGUCAAAUUGAGGAAGAGUCCCUGGAAAGUACCUGACUCGUAUCCAUACACAUCCGGAGAAAUAGUGCCUAUGUUUGCGGGCGAGACUCUUGAAUGGUUUCCGUCCGACAACUGAUCCCUAGUGAUUUCUCUCCUUUCUCACUAAUCGAAGAGGCAUUUUGGGCAAGUAUUUUUUUAGAUGAUUUCAGUAAUACUCACAGUACUCUGUCGAAACCUUGUGGGAUUAACUCUCACGCACCUACGUUUUUUCUUAUUUGUAGAUCAUUAGUGCUCCGCAAAUGACCCCCACUUCCUUUAUUAUUUCCGAGAGAAACUUGUAAGCACGAAUUAUUAUGUCCCGAGUUCUUUCAACAAAUAUGAAAUGAUAUGCGUGAGCAAAAACCUUUUUUUUU